GUGGGCUGUGGACUAUCCAACUCGUAUAUCACUAUGAUGGAUCGGGUUGGUUGUGAAAGAAAUCAUCCAUGAUCCGACCCGUUUAUUUCAGGAAGGCUGCGGUCGUAAUUUCACAGCGUCAGGUAGUUUCUCGAAACCGGAUCCUGCCGCAGUAGGCACAUACCCUCACACCAAAACCACACGCAGCGGCGCUCCUCCACCUCAGGCCGCCGUCAACCGGUGACUCCGUUUUCUUCAACGCCUAUUUGUUUAUUUAUAAACAUAAGAGAAUCCAACCAAUUAUAUUAAGACUACCUAUCGAGUUAAGUUAAUCUCUGAUUAUAGAAAUAGAAAUUCUAUUGAAGGAGAAAAAAGAAAGGGAAAAAUGCCUCCGAAACAGCAAUCUAAAGCGGAUUUAGCGAAGAAGCAGAAGAUAGUUGAGGACAAAACCUUCGGAUUGAAGAACAAGAACAAGUCGAAGAAUGUUCAGAAGUACGUGCAGUCUCUCAAGCAAUCCGUACAGCCUAAACCCGACCCUAGCAAACUCAACGCACAGAAGAAGAAAGAGGAGGAGAAGGCACGAGAGAAGGAGCUCAAUGAAUUGUUUAAAGUUGCAAUAAAGCAGCCUAAAGUUCCUGUUGGUGUUGAUCCAAAGUCUAUAGUAUGUGAGCAUUUUAAGGUGGGGCAAUGUGCGAAAGGAUUUAAGUGCAAGUUCUCCCAUGAUUUGAACGUGCAGAGGAAAGGAGAGAAGAUAGACAUAUACAGCGAUAAGCGUGAUAAAGACGAGGAAACAAUGGAUGACUGGGAUCAAGAAACACUGGAGAAGGUUGUCGAGUCCAAGAGCCAGGAGUACAACAAAAAUAAGCCUACAGAUAUAGUAUGCAAAUACUUUCUGGAAGCAGUUGAAAAGAAGCAGUAUGGUUGGUUUUGGAUUUGCCCAAAUGGUGGUAAAGAAUGCCACUACAGGCACGCACUUCCUCCUGGAUAUGUUUUAAAAUCUCAAAUGAAGGCGCUGUUAGAGGAGGAAUCUGAAAAGAUACCCAUUGAGGAAGAGAUAGAAAACCAGCGUGCAAAAGUAACUACCACAACUCCUAUGACACCAGAGUUAUUCAUGCAAUGGAAGAAGAAAAAGAUGGAGGAGAGAGAAGCUGGCUUGGCUGCACAGAGGGCAGAGAGAGCUAAGAAUGACCGUAUGAGUGGUCGUGAGCUGUUCCUCUCAGAUGCAAGCUUGUUUGUCGAUGAUGCUGAGGCCUAUGAUAGAUACCAGAGGGAAGAAGAAGUAGAUGCUGAGCAAAAGGUUAAUAAAGAUCCUGCCAUGGAUGGGCCAAGUUCUUCCUCAAUAACUUCACAGGACGCUGAAGAUAUUCCUGAUGAUGAGAUUGAUGAUGAUGAAGAUGAUCUGGACAUGGAUGAGCUAAAUGAACUGGAAGCCAGCCUAUCAAGAACAACAUUAAAAAUCAAAGAACCAGGCGAUAAUGCAUGAUCCUGUGCUAGGCAGGUUAACAUCUGAGAACAUUUUUGACUUACACUUGAAUGUCUUCAAGUAUUGCUUAAUUUCAGCUACUACUCUGAAGUCAUUUUGUGGGACGACGUGAGGAUUCUUUAUCCCAGAUAUUAUUAGUAGUCAGUUUUUGUAUGGUUCUGUCACGUGGGUUCCGUUGUCUGUGCGCUGUAACAUUUAGUACUUAAGAAUUCAUGGGCUGUGAAACACGGCCAAGCUUAUGGACUCGAUUGUUUUGCUUUGUUCUUAGCGCACUAAGGACCAUGAAAUGUUAUUUUCUGUGGUUAACUACCUUGACUUGGCACGCAUAUCUGUCAAAAACUAGAGCAUUUCAAAGACCUAA